CACCUCAGGUGCUUCACACUUAUGUGACCUUGGGGAUCGGGGCAAUGGCUGGGAGCAGAAAUACCACGACUGUGACUGUAUUCAUCUUCCUGGGCUUUUCAGAUUAUCCCCAAAUACAAAUUGUCCUCUUUGUGGUAUUCCUGGGGAUCUACCUCAUGACUCUGGCCUGGAAUCUGGGCCUCAUCACACUGAUUCAGAUGGACUCACACCUCCACACACCUAUGUAUUUCUUCCUCAGCAACCUAUCCCUUGUAGACAUCUGCUACAGCUCUUCUACCACUCCCAAGAUGUUGGCAGACACCGUCGCAGAUCAGAAAACCAUUUCCUUCUUGGGUUGUGCUGUUCAAUAUUUUGUCUUUUGUGGCAUGGGGUUGACGGAAUGCUUCCUCCUGGCUGCUAUGGCAUAUGACCGCUAUGCUGCUGUGUGCAACCCACUCCUCUACACAGCCAUCAUGUCUCACACACUCUGUAUCAAGAUGGUGGGAGGAGCAUUUAUGGGUGGGUUUUUUAGCUCUCUGAUUGAAACCUACUCUGUCUAUAGUCAUCAGUUCUGUGGGCCUAACAUCAUCAAUCAUUUCUUCUGUGACCUUCCUCCUGUCCUGGCUUUAUCUUGCUCUGACACCUUUACUAGCCAGAUAGUGACGUUUCUUGUGGGGGUCAUUGUUGGGGUAAUGUCUGUCCUUGUGGUCCUCAGCUCUUAUAUUUAUAUUGUUGCUGCUGUCUUGAAGAUCAGCUCCACCAAAGGAAGGUCUAAGGCCUUUAGCACCUGUGCAUCUCACCUGACUGCUGUGACACUCUUCUAUGGCUCUGGCCUCUUCAUGUACAUGCGUCCCCGCUCCAGCCAUGCCCUGAGCAGGGACAAGAUGGUAUCAGUCUUCUAUGCAGUGGUGAUCCCUAUGGUAAACCCCAUAAUCUAUAGCCUUAGAAACAAGGAGAUUAAAAGUGCCAUGAUGAAAGUGAUUGAGAGGGAAUGUGGAAUUUCUCAUCACCCCACCUCCUUUUGA